AUGGGAAGAGCUCCAUGUUGCUCUAAAGUUGGUUUGCAUAGAGGUCCAUGGACUACUAGAGAAGACACACUACUCAUUAACUAUAUUCAGGCGCAUGGUGAAGGUCAUUGGAGAUCCUUGCCUAAGAAGGCUGGGCUUCUUAGAUGUGGCAAGAGUUGCAGGCUAAGAUGGAUGAACUACCUUCGGCCUGAUAUCAAGAGAGGGAACAUCACUCCUGAUGAGGAUGACCUUAUCGUUCGGCUGCAUUCUCUUCUUGGCAAUCGUUGGUCUCUCAUUGCAGGAAGGUUGCCAGGCCGAACUGACAAUGAAAUCAAGAACUACUGGAACUCUCACCUUAGCAAAAGACUCAAGAAAAACACAGCAGGAAAUAAGUCCAAAUGCAUGGGGGGAUCAGCUGGAAAGAGAAGUGGCAUCAAGCCCAACAAAAAAAGAAGCAAAACGAGGACACCAGCAAUCAGGGUUUCUCCAUCCUCAGUUGCAAAGAAUAUCAGUAAUAUUCGAAACAUGACUGGGUCAUCAUCUAUUCCUGCAGAAGUUGGUAAUAGCACCAGUUGGGGCAUUUCUGGUCUUAAAGUCGCUAGCAAUGUUGGAGAGGGUAGGCCUUCAAAUAGUGAAGAAUUUGAUGGUCCUUUUUAUGACCAUGAUUCCUCGUGUCCAAGUUCUUUACUCAAUGGAAUUAUGCUAGAUGACAUCUUUGAGGAAUAUCAGCAACUCCUCAAGGCAGAUGAUCAUGGUCAGCUAGAUUCCUUUGUGGAUUCUCUUUUGGCUUAA